AUGUUGGCGGAGCAAUCCAUGGAUCUUGCAGGGAACGACCGUAUAUUUGAGACUUUUGUGAUCGGUGUGAAUUUCGCAGGCUUCUCCAUUAGAGAUAAUGACGCCGAUUUGAGGGCGAAGAUCACCGCAGCCAAUUCAGAUCAUGAGUUGGAUAGUUCCUUUCGUGGAGUUUUAGUUGGCGAGAGACAGGCAUUGAUUGGAGGAAAUUAUGGCCUUCUCAACACUACAACAUUUAUCCCUAAUUCGGAUUAUUACGGUGCUCUUCUGUGGCAUCGCUUAAUGGGAAAGAUUGUACUUCAGACCACUUAUGACAGUUCCCCUUAUCUAUGCGUAUAUUCUCAUUGUUCAAAGAAAGAAUCGGGCAUUUCACUGCUUCUAAUCAACAUGUCAAAUUCUACUACCUAUGAAGUUUCGGUUGCGGAUGACUUGAACUUCUAUCCUGACAACUAUGAUGAUAACCAACAACAAAUCCACAGGGAAGAGUACCACUUGACUCCAAGAGAUGGCAAUAUUCAAAUUGAUGUGUUGAUGUUAAAUGGUGUCCCCUUGGUGCUCACAGAGUCAAAGGAUAUACCAGCUAUGUAUCCAGUGCCCGUGCAUGCUUCAAACCCUAUCAGUGUUGCACCUGAUUCUAUUGUUUUUGCAACUCUUAAAGAUUUCAAAGCACCAGCUUGUUCUUAG